AUGUCGCAAAUCCAGAGCUUGUCACGGAGCUGCGUGCUACUCGCGGUGCUCUGCGGCAAGCACGCCGAUAAGCAGCAGCAGCGUGCGCCGCCGGGGAGGUCCGGGCCGGAGGCGAAGCGGCUGCGGCCGUCCUAUCCGUUUCCUGAGCUCAGCUCGGCUGGGAGGUUGGAGGUGCACACGCUGGUCAAUCCAACGCCGGAGCAGUUCCUCGAGGCGCAGCGGCUGGUGCAACCCAACUUCUUCUACAUCCAGGGCCAGCAGCUGGAAGAUGAGGAGAUUGGUUCGCUCGUCUGGGGGGACGCCGACAUGUCUGACCCGCAGUCGUUUGUCUGUCUCAUCAGCCCGCCGUUCCCAACAAUUGUUUAUCUGGAGGUUCCUAUUGGUGAAAAACUUGCCCAAGCAGUUCACUCAAAGGGUAUUCCAUAUGUAAUAUACUGGAGAAAUUCAUUUUCAUCUUAUGCAGCAUCCCAUUUUCGCAAUGCAUUGUUGUCGGUAGUUCAAAGUUCGGUGAGCCAUACAUGGGAUUCCUUUCAGCUUGCUCAUGCAUCCUUUCGACUAUACUGUGUAAGAAACAACCAUGUUCAAAGUGUUAAACUCGGCCCUCGUCUACUUGGGGAUGCUCCAAAGGUAAAUGUAGUCACCCCCGAGAAUGAAAUGGCUGAGGAAGAGGGUUCUUCUUCUGAAGUUUCCCCAGCUAUAAAAAUAUAUGAUGAUGACAUCAACAUGAAAUUUCUUCUCUGCGGAGUACCAAGCACGCUGGUAAGCUUCGAUAUAUUAGACGACUCUUGUUUGCUGGGCUCAUUAGAAGAUGGUCUGAAUGCUCUUCUAAAUAUCGAAAUUCGUGGGAGUAAACUUCAGAACCGAAUCAGUGCUUCUCCACCGCCUCUUGAAGCAGCGUCUGUACCACGUGGAAUGGUUACCAUGCGUUGUGAUAUGACUACUUGCAGUUCUUCUCAUGUGUCACUUCUUGUUUCUGGGAGUGCACAAACUUGUUUUGAUGACCAGCUUCUAGAAAGCCAUAUAAAAAAUGAACUCAUCGAGAAGAGCCAGCUAGUCCGUGCUCUACCGAACAGCGAGGAUAAGCUCUCAUCGACCGAGCCUUUCACUUCUCUGUCCACAGCUUGUGGUGCUUCUACCUUUGAAGUCUGGAUGACCCUUCCUAAGUGGGCAGCACAGGUUUUGAAGCAUCUAGCACCAGAAAUUUCAUAUAGGAGCCUAGUUGCACUUGGAGUUGGUUGCGUAAAUGCUACUCCUGUUGCUUCAUUCGAGAGACAAGAUGCAGACCGCCUUCUUUUCUUCUGCACCGGUCAACGGAAAGAUUCAGCCGGUGAAAGUGGCCCAUAUUUUCAUCUGCCAAGAUGGUCAGCCUCCCUUACCAAGGACAGAGCAAAGACGGGUUCAGAAUCAAAAUCAAAUUUGUUUGGUGUGAAUGGAACUUCAGAGGACAGGAAAGCUCCAGUUGAAGGGCCUUCCUCACUGACAUCCUUCAAGGGAAAAUUGAAGCCUGCAACUAUGAGGCCUAUUCCUCACUCUCGACAGCAGCAAAUGCACCCUUUUAUGGGUUUCCCUGAAGCUAACGUUCACGAAACUAGUCAGGCCAAGCCAAACUUGCCAGUUGCUCCACCUGUGAAGCACCAUAAUUCAGCACCUGCUUCUACAGCAGCGCAUAGGAAAUCAACUUCAGGGCCAUCUCAUGCUCAAUCGAUCAUUCAGCUGAAUCCUCUUCCCAUGAAGAAACAUGGGUGUGAUCGGUUGCCUAUCCAAGUGUGCUCCGAGGAGGACUUUCUGAAGGAUGUCAUGCAAUUUUUAAUUCAGAGGGGCCACCAUCGACUCGUUCCUCAUGGAGGUCUAGCUGAAUUUCCUGAUGCAGUCCUUAAUGCAAAGCGCCUUGAUCUCUAUAACUUGUACAAAGAGGUGGUGUCCAGGGGUGGCUUUUAUGUGGGCAAUGGUAUAAACUGGAAGGGUCAAGUCUUUUCGAAGAUGCGAAACCACACUGUAACAAAUAGAAUGACUGGUGUUGGGAACACACUGAAAAGACACUACGAGACUUACUUGCUGGAAUAUGAGCUAUCACAUGAUGACGUGGAUGGGGAAUGCUGUUUGCUUUGUCACAGUAGCGCUCCUGGAGAUUGGGUGAACUGCGGUUUAUGCGGCGAAUGGGCUCAUUUCGGCUGUGAUAGACGGCAAGGGCUGGGCACUUUCAAGGAUUACGCGAAAACAGAUGGGUUGGAAUACAUCUGCCCGCAUUGUAGUAUAGCGAAUUACAAGAAGAAGCCUCCUCCGCCCCAGAAAGUAGCCAAUGGGUUUGCGAAUACCGUGCUGCCUGUAUCACGGAAUGUUUAA